GUCCUGAGGAACAUGGUUCACUGCGCAGACCUCAGCAACCCCACCAAGCCACUGGGUGUGUAUCGCCAGUGGACUGAACGCAUCAUGGAGGAGUUCUCCAGACAGGGAGACAAGGAGAGAGACAAGGGCUUGGAGAUCAGCCCCAUGUGUGACAAACACACUGCCUCGGUGGAGAAGAGCCAGGUGGGUUUCAUAGACUACAUAGUCCACCCUCUGUGGGAGACGUGGGGUGACCUGGUCCACCCUGAUGCCCAGGACCUGCUGGACACGUUGGAGGAGAACAGAGACUGGUACCAGUCCACCAUGCCUCAGAGCCCCUCUCCGCCCUACGACAAACACCUGCUCACAGACCGCUUCCAGUUUGAGCUGGCACUGGAAGAUGUGGAGCUCAACCACAACCACAUACAACAACCCAACGGGUCCAACCACAUGGUCAGACAGGAGAACGGAAACCAGGACCAUUCAAAGGAGGACCAUGUUGAAGAGGUGGAGGAGAACCAUGUUGAAGAGGAGAAGGACCAUUUCUCUGUGUUUACAGGGUAA